AAGUUCAAAGUAUUUAUUCAAUGGUUAUGUAAAUAUUACAUGUAAAAGGUUAUGGGCAGAAGUAACAAUGGACCUUUCUUUAGUACAAGUGUUGGCUGAAAAUGUUUUGUCCAGUGAAUGUGUAUUCUAUUUUGAAACCUAGGUAUAUAAGAUGUGAUAUUCCUGUUUGGCUACUUUUUAACCUGUGGGAGGAAACAUACCUAGUUAUGCAAACCAAAUUUGAAACCAAAAGUGUUCACUUCUAAAAACAAAGUGUUGGCAGAAGUUGAGAAGAAAGCUAAGAUGUAUUCAGCUAUGUCUUUGCAGAUUAAAUGCUCGGUGUGCUUGGGUGAUUUUACUGAUCCAGUUACACUUUCUUGCGAGCACUCGUUCUGCCGGGACUGCAUCAUGGGUCACUUGCAGGCCAGCCUGGGACCAACCGCCUGCCCAGAAUGCCAAAAGCCUUAUAACGAAGAAGACCUGAAAUCUAGCCGUUUACUGAGGAACAUGACCUCCACUGUGAGAGAGCACCUUGCUGAGCUCAAAUUGGAUAAAUCCUUAAAGCUCCCAGAAAUGGAAAGGAUGUUGAUGUGCUCGGAACACGAUGAGAAACUCAAACUGUUCUGCGAGACUGAUCAGAAGUUGAUGUGUGUCAUCUGCAGGGAUGGAGACAAACAUAAAGGACACGUCUUUAAACCGGUAAAAGAAGCUGCGCAGAUCAACAAGGGGGAGCUGAAGACAGCUUUAGGUUUUCUUGCCAAAGAGAAUGGACAGCUGGAUUACAUGAUCCAACAACAGACAACUGAGAUCACCAAAACUGAGGGUAAAUCCAAAUCUUUAUUAGCCCAGAUCUCUGCUCAGUUUGAGGAAAUGCACCAGUUCUUAAGACAAAAAGAGGCCGAAGUGAAGAAAAAGCUGGAGAAGGAGGAGAAGAAGGUUACAGAAUUCAUGCAGAAUAAUCAGUCCGUGAUAAACAGAAGGUUCAUGGAGAACAAAGAGAAGGAGAUUAUUCUGCAGUCAGCUCUGGAGAUUGAGCAGCCUGAUCACUUUCUACAGUGGUGGAAUGAAAAAGGAUUUCCAAUGACGAAGAAGAUGAAGCAGAAAGACGAUUUGACACCAUCAAAUAUCAAGUAUGCGUCAAGAGUGAAAGAUCUCUCUGUGGUUCCUGACUCUCUCUUUAUUGGCCCUCAUGAAACUCACCUGCAGUUCUUUGUGUGGAAGGAGAUGCUGGGAUCCAUCAAACCAGUUCCUGAGAGUUUAACCCUGAAAAAAUCUGGAGAGUCUUACUUAAAAGUGUCUCCAGGGGGUGCCAGAAUCCGUCAAGCUGACAGAGCGACUCUUCUGUAUAAAGACUUCAACCCUGGGACAGUUUCAGAGAAAAACUUCCAAGCUGGGCAGCACUACUGGGAAAUAGAGGUGGGAGAAAAGCCAGACUGGACUGUGGGAAUUAAGAUAGGUGCAGAAAAACAGCUGAGUGCAGCAAAGUCUGCUGAGAGUGAGAUCCUGCUCCACCUUAAACACAGUAAAGGAUACGUGCUGACCUGUGAGGGAAAGGACACUACAUUGAAUACUCCAGACAAACCACAGAAAAUAGGGUUGUAUCUGGACUGUGAGAGAAAGCAGGUGUCGUUCUAUAACGCUGAUAACAUGUCUCGACUGACCCGGAUAAACUACAGAUCGAAGCAGCCUUGCUGUCUCACCCUGGUUCCAGGACUUUAUCUGGAUGGAAUGAACAGCGAUCCUCUCUCUGUCUGCUCCUAUGAGUUUAACACUGGCAAACGCUAACAUGCUAGCUCGGUUAUUAGCUGCACAUUUUCUGAGACAUUAUAAAAUGUCUUGGAUUUGAGACAUAUGGGGAUAUCUAGGUCGUCUAAAAUCAGAUUAUAACAAAGAUGUUUUGGGCUUUUUUUUUUUUUUUUUUUUUGAGCUGCUGAAUGACACUUCACGAUGAUAUAAACAACUUUUUUUUUUUUUUACAUGCAUAUCUUUGCAUUCAUUUUUAGAUGGGUUACUUCAGCUAGCAAAGAUAUAAGCAUGGUUUUCUUGUAAAUGUUGUUUGAUGAUCAUACCGUAUUUUCUCUUUAAUUUUAUGUCAAUUUUGAUAAUGUAUCCAGUAUCAGAUACUGCUUUCAUGCUUUUUGGACUGUGACAUAAACUCAGACAUGAAAUAAACACCACAUAUUCCUUUUUAGGGUUAGGAGGAUACAUAAGUAGGGAAUUGGUUCUGCAUUUUAAAAUACAUCUGUAGAUAUGUCAUAUAGUAAUUUAACUGGACUAGUAAAACAUGAAAUCUUUCAGUAAAAUCAAUAAUUUAAAGAGUAGAUUAAUUGA